AUGAAAUCAUUUCUGGCGAUCUUAAUCGUGGUUUUAGCAGUACAAUCUGCAGAAAUUCGAAGUUCCAGGUCUAAUCUCAAUAUUGGUUCUGUGAGACCAUACGAUCGCUUGUUGCAAAGAACCUUCAUUUAUCAGCCGGCUCGACCGAACGCCAUUCAAUAUCAGGACUAUAUGUUCCGAGGCAAUUCUUCCGUCAGAAUCUCGGGACUAUUCGUGAAUGAAGUUGGUUAUACUCAGUACGGCACAGUCUCGCUUCUAGCAGGAGGAAUCGGAUACAGUAAUGUCACAGUCAGAAUUCAAUCCGCAAAAGGAUACGGAUACUACUAUCAAUUAGACGUAUGGGGACGAUCAAAUGUACUAGUCAGAAGUCGAUCGACCAUGAGGAGAUACAUUAUAGUAAUAACUCUGUUCCUUAUAAAAAUUAAUUUGGUACAUUUGGAAGAAGAGAAAGUUAUGGAAGAUUCAGAUAUAAUAAGUUUUAUUAGGCUUUAUGCGAGAUUCUUGCAAGAAAUACGUACGAGGCGCAGACAUUCACAUGGAAGAACGAAUAGCAGAAAUAUUAGUGAAGUUAUUGAGAGUCAUGAUAAAGAUAUAAGUAAGAAGAAUUGUGAAAACACUAAGCCUGUGCCUCUGACUUCGUUCGCGGCAUUCGCCGGUGACAAAUGUGCGACUGGAUAUGUGAAAAUUAAUGGAUUAUGCGCGGAAGUGGACUGA